GCGCGGGUUAGCGAGAAACUCCAUCUUCUCUCCGUCCUGCCCGCCAUUUCACGCGCACUGACCGGGGCCCGCUCACGCACCGGUACCGGACAGAGGGCGGAAGUACCGGUGAUCCGACUAACGGCCACGCGACUUUUCCCGAUCCUCACCGAGCGCCGUUCAGACCGGAAUUGGCUGGCUUCAUCCCGGGUUGGACCGCCGGUCGGGGCCCGGUACCGGGACAGGCUAGCCCGCGGCCGGGCUGUACCGGACCGCUACGAUCAACGAUCGAUAUUAACGGCUACAUGCUAACAGCUAGCUUGCUCUCGUCUCCUCAGCUCGACUCGCAGCGUGCACGCGUUCCAUGCGCGUGUCCGCGGUAUACGAGCUACAUGUACUGCGCGCGUUUACCUGAGUCUGGUAUUACAGCAGCACGUGACAGCUGGAUCAACGACAGCAUUGAUUAUUAUCAGCGUAUUGAUCUGCUGAUCGAACAUUGAUCACGUGGUGUCUGUUAAGCCGAUUGGCUGCAGUUCUGCUCAGACUUCCCGGAUUACAGCAGGUUGAAAUAAAGCUGUUGAAAAGUGUUUCACCUUUGACCUCAGCCUUAGCACCUCCUAUGUCCUAGCCUUGUUUCCUUUCCUGAGAGCGAGUGUGGAAUCGUCCCGAGCUAAACCUCCGUCCUCAGACUGUUCGUGGGUAGAUCAGAAUACUUUAUUAAUCCCUGGAGAAAUUAUUUUGGUUACAGUGCUCCAGUACAAACAGUAACAAAGACAGACAAUACAAGAAGUAAGAAAUAUAUAUAUAUAGAUAUAUAUUGUGUCUAUCUAUAUAUAUAUAGAUAUAUAUCUGAAUAAGAAAGAAGAGCUUGUGCAAAAGGGUGUAGCUAUUGCAGUAUACAGUGUGUUAAGUGGAUGAGUUGUACAGGGAAUGAUGUACAUCAGCUGUUCACACAGGUGGAACGACCUGUCCUGAUCCUCAGAGUUCUGUCUUGUAUCCAAAGCACACUGAGCCUCAGCUCAUGUGUCUGAACUGCCGGGAAUAUUGAGCCACUAAUUUGCUCUGCUGAAAACAGAGCUGGCUGCUUUUUCUUUGUAAAGAAGUGAUUGUUAGGAGAUUAGAAUAAGUUACCUUACAUAGCACAAGAUGAAAUCUCACGUUCUUAUAUUUUCCUGCUGUGGAACUCCUUUCCUCCACCCUGUUUGGGAUUUGCAGUAACAUUCCUCCAUCAUCACUGAUCCCAGCUGACAUGAAGCAUGAGUCCUGAAGACUGUUAAAUCCUCUAAGCACACGCUGAUCAGUUCAUGUAGAUCAUAGUGUUGAGCUCAUGCAGCGUUCUUCACACAGCGACGACUCAACGGGAAGUAGUUUUAUUCUAGCUGUGUGAUGUUCAGUUGUGAGUUUAACAGCUGCUGAUAAAAACUGUAAAUAUGUCAGCAGGUUACGGAUGAAAUGGAAAAUGCAGUUAUGAUGAACACGUGAUCUGCUCCACGCCGAUUAUUACAUCGAUGUUUUCAUGAAAGAUUAGGACUGUGCUCCGGUGUCUCCUCUGCUUAAGGACGCACUGAAGCUCCUUUCCUUAGUAUGUGGGACAGCUCUGAUUAUGGCCGCCACACAGAUACUUUCGGGUCACGUCUCUCCGUGAAGAACUUUCACUAGCAAAAUGGACUCUGUUCAGUGAGCUGACAGGAAGUGACAUCAUGAACAGUUAGUGGUGGUUAAUGUGACAGGAAGUACAAAGAUGAAUCAUCAUCACGCUGAUGGUGCGAGCUCAAACAACGACUGUUUUUUAAGAAUCCAAACAAUCUGAAGGGAAAUCUUUAAAACAGCAUCGUGAGUCGGAGGAGGUCUGUGAACAUGUGACACAUGAAUCACAUGACCUGUCAGAGGAGCAGAUGGCGGAAACGGUGAAGUACGUGGACGACGAACAUAAGAGCAUCUUCUUGAAGCUGCUGAACGAGCAGCGGCUGGAGGGCGAGCACUGCGACAUUGCCGUGGUCGUCGAAGACGUCAAGUUCCGUGCUCACCGCUGCGUCCUCGCCGCCUGCUCCAACUACUUUAAAAAGCUCUUCAAAAAACACGAGGUGGACAACUCAUCAGUGAUUGAGAUUGACUUCAUCCGCUCUGACAUCUUUGAGGAAGUCCUGAACUACAUGUACACGGCGAAGAUCUCUGUGAAGAAGAAGGACGUCAACCUGAUGAUGUCAUCAGGCCAGAUCCUCGGCAUCCGCUUCCUUGACAAACUCUGCUCUCAGAAGCGAGAUGUGUCGUCGGAGGACAAGGAGAAGUUUCCCUAUGACAUCGUAAAGAUGGCGCUGCCGCCUGAGGCUCAGCUCGCCGCCGACUCGGAGGUGCUCGGCGAGCACGAUGACACGUCCACCACAGAUGACCUUGUGGAGCCCUCGGCCAAUCCGGAGCUGGAGAAGUCUCCCAGUGCAGCGCUGCAUGUGCAAGAGGCGAUCCUAAAGGAACUGACCAAUGAGGAUGUGCACAAGGUAACCUGCUACGACCAGGAUGUGGUGACGGAGAUGGAGGCGGAGCCUAAAGAGCUUGGAGCGGAGCAUCACGCCACACAGACGCUGACCUUCGCGGACAGCAUAGGGGAAGUGAAGGACGAGCAGCCGCCAGGCUGGUCGACGGCGACUGCCGACAUGAAGUUCGAAUACCUGCUGUACGGACACCGCGAGCAGCUCGCCUGCCAGGUGUGUGGGAAGACUUUCUUGGAUGAGAGCAGACUCAGGAAGCACGAGAAGCUUCACUCGGCCGAGCGUCCGUUCGCCUGUGACAUUUGCACCAAAGCUUUCACCACCCACGCUCACCUGAAAGAACACCUGAAGAUCCACGCAGGUUUCAAACCCUACAGGUGUGACGUGUGUGGGAAAUCGUUCAUUCGCGCUCCGGACCUGAAGAAACACGAACGAGUUCACAGCAACGAGCGGCCCUUCGCCUGCCAGAUGUGCGAAAAGGCUUUUAAACACAAGUCUCACCUGAAGGAUCACGAGAGGAGACACAGAGGAGAGAAACCGUUCGUCUGUCCGUCCUGCACCAAGGCCUUCGCCAAGGCGUCAGAUCUGAAGCGUCAUGAGAACAACAUGCACAGUGAGAGGAAGCAGCUGAAUCCUUUGCAGAGCGACACUGAGACACUGCAGGCUGCUGCCAUGGCUGCUGAGGAGCAACAUCUGGACUCCAUCAGCUGCUCCUAACAUCUGGACAGCCCUUUAACCUUUUCUGCUUUCACACAAACUUUGAACUUUGGCUCUGUUUGCUAGGAGCCUUUUUUCCUGCGUCGAGUUGAUGCACGUGAACCAAGUGUAAGAUAAACUGAGCCGUCAUGUGACUCACAUGUUGUCAUGUGACCUCCCUCUGGCUACAUGUGUGAUUUGUAACCUGGCGUGUUUGUCUUUUCAGUUUGGAGCAUAAAUUUAUAAACUGUGUAAAUUAUAAACACUUCUGCUCAGUUUCAUGAGCAAUGAGAGAGAGAACAGUUUAAAUAAAGAUUCAACCUUA